AUGUCUAUCUGCGUCGCCAUCCAGUCGGCCUUGUUCUACUAUCUCGCCUGCACCCCAUGUCUCCAACUUCGUCAUGAACACCGGACACACAAGAAGGCAAAGAAGGAGAGGAAGGAAAAGGCACGGAUCAUCGCCGAGCAGCCGCACCUAUAUCGCCAUCCGGACCCCUAUAAUACGAACCCUUACUGGGCCGAGGAGAUUCGCAUGGGACCAUGUCUACCCAAGAAGAACAAACCGAACGAUGCCAGCAAGAAACAGCAUCAUGACGAUGCUGUUAGUGCCGUACUGAGCAAGACGGCUUCUGCGACCACGGUCGGCACCGACUGGAACAUGAAGCGGUAUCAGCGCGAGGACGAGGAACUCUGGGGCUACGAUGACGAGUCCAUCAGGACAAGUUAUAAGCUUAUGGACGCCAUCAAGCAGGCUGGAUCGAGCGCUGGUCGCUAUGUUGAAUCCAAGCUGGGGCUCGAGAAGCAGGUGACGGAGGAGGAUAGAUACAACUUUUACUUUUCCACCAAGAACCCACCCGUCAACGACUACCAUCCCCCGGUUGUCAGCAGCAAGCCGUCGCACAAGAACGCGCGUGCCUGGAUGUUGCAGCCCCCGCCUUCCGCCAAGGUAAUGGAGGGCAAGGUCCCCGUGACCAGGAGCGCCAGCCUGAUGAGCGUUCAAUCCAGGAGGACGAUGGGCAGCAGCAUGUCGAUGGAAGGACGGCCAUCGCUGGGGAGAAUUGUCGGUGACAAGGCUCUCGAGGCUAAGAUUCAGCAGCGAACUGCCAAUGGAGACGGAUAUUUGGACCCCGAGUUGUAUUCGGUUGCCUCUACCAUGUCCCGGGCCAUAUCUAAGAGAGCCACCAACGGUUCCAUGGCACGGAGAACCAGCAGCCGCCUCACCACCAGAAGCCAGGACCUCUCGACGGGCUCUGACGGAUCCGACGAGGAUAACUCGAGCAUCAAAGUGCCAAAGAGGCGGACCACCCGGAGACGCAGCAACCGCAACGUCAUGCCCGACAGCGACGAAAACGAGGAGGAGGACGCCUACAUCUCCAGGAGCCUGGAGUCACUAAGCAGCACCCACUUCCCUCCCCACGCCGCCCAGAGGCCCAAGCUCCCCACCAUCAAGAGCGCCGACGAUGGUCGUCUCGCCGCUGAGGAUAAGACUUUGUCUUCGUCUCCGAAGGCCAGGCCCACCAGCAGAUCCAGCACCAAGCUUGUCCUGCAGGAUGCGACUAACUCAUCGAGCUCCAUGUCUUCUUCCUCUAAUAGGAUGAACCAGAAGGAGCGCAUGAUUGGCUCCAUUGACAGCGGCCUUGCUCUGCAUGCGUAA